AAAAGGAAAGUAUUUUGAUAAUGAAAUCAUUGGAAACACCUCCCACUCUGUUUACUCGUGUGAAAAUGGGUGGGUGCACAGACGUCUGUUUCUCUCUCACAGCUUAAUUCACUCUUACACAUACGAGCACUGACAUGGCAGCUGACCAGAGAAAAGAACCAGGCGUUGUGAUUAAAGACGGCUGGUCAGGUUACAGUUUGGAGCUGUUUAAUUAUCCUGAGCAUUAUCGGGGUGAUCUGGAGUGUGUGUACAUCCCUCAUGGAGUCAUCAUGAACAGGAUUGAGUGUCUGGCCAGAGACAUCCUUGAAGACAUCGGACAUCAUGAUCUGAUGGUUCUGUGUGUUCUGAAGGGAGGAUAUAAGUUCUGUUCUGACCUGGUGGAGUCGAUUAAAGCUCAGAGCCGCAGCGCCAACAGAAGACUGACUACCAGAGUAGAGUUCAUCCGCUUCAAGAGCUAUCUGAAUGACCAGUCCACUGAAGAUCUGCACAUAAUUGGACCAGAUGACCUCUCCGUGCUGAAAGGCAAGAAUGUCUUGAUUGUGGAGGCAAUAGUGGACACAGGAAAGACCAUGAGAGCCCUUCUACAGCACGUGGAGACUUUCCAGCCCAAAAUGGUUAAAGUUGCAGGGCUGCUGGUGAAGAGGGUUCCUCACGGGGCGGCGGAGCUCCCAGACUAUGUUGGAUUUGUCAUUCCUAAUCGUUUUGUGGUGGGUUACGCUCUGGACUACAACGAGUACUUCAGAGAUCUCAAUCACAUCUGCGUCAUCAGUGAGACGGGGAAGCAGAAAUAUAAAGUGUGAAAGAACUCCUUUCAAGAGGAAUGGACAUUUAUAUUACCAUAACAGAUGAAAACCUUGUUGUGACAAAAGAUUACUGUAACACUUGCUGAAUUAUGUUUGAAAUAUAAUAUAUGAUUUGCAUGUAAGUCACAUCGCAAUACUAACAUGAUAUGAUGUGGAAAACAGACUAACUGUGUGUCAUUUUAUAUGGUCUGUCUGUUUAAGAGCCCAGCUGUUCAUUUUUGUCCUCUUAGAAGACAUUUGUUUAAGAGAGCAUCCAUGCCACUGACAACAUCUCACGCUUGUGGGUUUGGUGAUAACAACUCUUUUUCCUUCUCUUGGUUUAAAAAAAAAGAUGUCUGACAUUUUAAUAGCUUCUUUAAAUAAAAUUUCAGUGAUUUCUUUAUUGUUUUUUGCAAUGGACAUCAGGGUGUAGCAGAAAUAUUCCAUCUGUUGAGGAGACAUUACAGAUCAAUAGUAUAAGUUUUACAUUCAUCCAUUCUCUAAACUGUUUGUCCUAUGAAGGUUUGCAUAGAUACUGGAGUCUAUCCCAGUGUUUUACAUUAAAAACAUGUUAAUAUAAAAAACAGACUUCAAAAUUAUUGAUAAUAUUAAAAUCGCUAACAGGUGAAGUGAAUGACAUUGAUUAUCUCAUUGCAGGCACACCUGUCACGAGGUGGGAUGCACUAGGCAUUCUUGAAUUGCAUUUGUUGGAAGCUGGAAAAAAACAUAUUGUGGGGUGUUCCCGGUAUGCAGUGGUUACUAUUAUCUAUAAAAAGUGGUGCAAUGAAGGACAACUGGUGAACCAGUGUGAGGAUCAUGGGUGCCUAACGCCCCAUUCACAUGGGGCAUCGGCGUCAACAUCUCUCGUUUACUUUGAAUGGAGUGACGUCAAGUGUUGGCGAAAUGAAUUGUGGGUCUGCUGCAUCGCAUUUGGUCCAUUGCUCGCGGCAGAAGUUGAAAACUUUUCAACUUUACAAGCACCAACGCAGGC